AUGCUUAUUGAAAGGUUCAAGGAAAUAAGAAGCAAGAUAUAUGAGGACAUCCAUGCGGUCUCGGAGAGCGACAUGAGAUUUAUGAAGGAUGCCCUGCGCCAGCAGGACAUGGAAUACGGGAGGAUCAAGACAUACUCUGUUGAGGAUAGCAGGGUCCUGGCGCUUUUCACACUGAAGUACAACGUUGUUGUUCUGCUGGACUUCAUCUCCAGAAACGGAGUUGGGCUCUGCAGUGACGUGUGCAUAGGGCUGUGUGACGUGCUGUUUGGGGGGAUCCCGCAGACGUCUCCAGAAUGCUCCCUGGAGAUUGAGGACAUAAAGGCGCGGACUGACGAGGUGAUUGUGGACAUCCUGUGCAGCAUUGGAGAAGGAAUGCAUGUUGAGAAGAUCAAGUCAUAUCUAAGCGAGCAGGAGAUCCCCGAUAGCGUUAGUGUCAAUCUUGCAGUUGUAUUCACUGCAUCGUCCUGGAAGUCGUACGAUCUCUGUGUGAUCAACGAGCUUAUUCUCGGGCCUGUUUUGCUGGAGCUGGUGAGGAGCUUCAAGGAGUCUCUCCGGCCGCAGAUAAAGGAAAGAGUAUUAGGUGUCUGCAAGAAGAAGCUAAAGAAGGAGGGAGACAGGUCGGUUAUCUACCAGAUCUUCUACGAGCUCAACACUACGAAGGACCUUGAGAUGUUCGACAUAGAGGAGGAUGAAAGGGAGGAGACAUAUGUUGGAUUUAUAUACUCGCUCAUGGUUGACGAGGAAAGCUACCUGAAGGGAUACGAGGUUCUGUCCAGGGCAAAUCUUUUCAACGAUCUGAGGAAGGCUUUGGAAAUGAUCAACGUCCUGAAUCAGGCAGAGUACAAGAGGAUCAGGCCUGAGGACGAGAAGCUUAUCUACCAUCUUAUGCAGGUGAUUGAAAAGCUCGUGUCCUCUGACGAUCAUGGCCUUGGGUUUGUAAGGCUGUAUUUUAUGAGGCUCAUCGACCUGUUCCUAAACACUCUUGUUGGACAGAUAUCGCUAAGGAUCAAGGGAUGCAUAUACGAGAUUCUCUCUUCAUUCAUGAGGGAUGGGGACUGCAGGGAGAUGAUAUGCGAGUUCAUGAGGGGAGUGGGAAUCUUCAACAAAGAAGCGGUCCACUCCGACUUUGAAAGGGAGCUUGGGACCAAGAGCUUUGCGAUGACGCCAUGCUUUCUGAAGUUCUGCACGUUUCUUGAGAACGACGAGUGCAUCAGGUUUGCUAUCCAUGCUCUUAAAAGCGAGGACCCACUCACGGUUGUCAGAUGCUUUGACGUGAUUGAAAGAUUUGUAGGCAAAAAAAAUGCCGAAGCCGGAGCACCCACGGAGUCCAUUGUUUCCCAGCUCUCGUUGAUGUCCCAGCACAUCCGGGUGGCAAUGCUGAAUAACUCAAAGGUCACCAAUAGAGUUGUGGAGUUCCAGCUCGGCACAGGCAUUGUCAUCGGCGAUGUGUCCAUAAUCAAUGUGAUCAUGAACACCCCCAAUCCAAGGUUCUUCGAAUAUGUAAGGCUGUUUGAAGACUUCUCGUUCUUUAUGAACGAAAACUUCCUUGAAAGACUCUCUGAGGACGAGGAAGAAGGAUUCAAAUAUCUCUACGAGGUGACGAAGGAGAACCACGAGGCAUGUAAGUUCGUAAUGAACAACGAGGGCUGGUUCAAUGCCUACACCAAGGAAAAUCCCUGUGUGCAGAACAUGGCCGUCCAGAUAUACGAGAACCUGGUUGACUAUGACAUCGAGAAUGUGGAUGUCAGCUUCGAUAGAGGAUUCAUUCUUCCAGAUAUAUGCCAUCGAUCUGUUUUCCGAAUCCUUAGCAAGCUGAUUCUCUACUCUGUUUAUACAAAGAAGGCCUCAUACUCAAGAUAUGUCACGGAUAAGGACUACGACCUGGAUGACUCGAGCAUCGGCGAGUACUGUCUAUACAUCAAGUGCAGGAUAGUUGUAGGGGACAAUGUGGAGGAUAGAAUCAAGUACCUCAUGAAGCAGUACACGGGUAUAGACGAUCUGCUUGGAUACUAUGAGGUUACCACGGGCUCGUCCCUGAACAUCUCGUCCUCGAAGAAUCUUUUGAUAAACAUGGGCAAGAAAGACACAAGCAUGUUCAUCAACAUGUUUGGCACAGCCAGCAACUUCGAGAAGUUUCUUCUGUUCUUCUUUAUAGGAGACAUGACUUCCGAGGACAGCAAGGCAAUCGAGAAGAUAGUUAAGGAGGAAAUCACAAGGAUAAUGGUGUCCAAGUCCUCGAAUCCAUCGGAAAGGAUGAUUCUGAGGCAGUGCCUGGUAACGCUUCUGUCCCUCAACAACAUAGACUCGAUUAUCAGGCUGGUGGGUGAAUACGACGACACUGACCUGCUUCUAAAGGCUAACAUAAGAAAUCUGAUGUGUGGAGGGUCCUACUUUAACAGCUCGCUGGCCAUGAAAGGCUCGCUGGAGCUGCAGGUCCAUGCUGUCUUCCUACUUUACUAUAAGUCUGUGUGGGACUUGGCUGCACUCAAAGACUGGAUCCUGCAUCUUAAGAGAGAAUGCAAGGAUAGCGACGACCUGGAGUACCUGAUAAGCGACAUCAGGAGCAAGAACAUACGGAUCGAGCUUGAGUAA